AUGGAAUCAAGAUCAAGAGAAACUACUCCUACAAAAGAGGAUUUGAAUUUUAUAGUUGAUGAUGGUUAUAGACAAGAUGUGGACCCAGAUUAUGUCCCAAAUGAUAAGUAUCUUGUAAGUGGAAAAGAGUUUAAAAAGUUAACACAAAAUGCUAAAAAACUCGGUGCUGAAUCACUUGUUUAUUCAACACGAAAAAAUAACAAAUACAUGGUUACACUUCCAAGUGGAAAAAAAGUUCAUUUUGGUUCCUCAAAAUAUGAGGAUUAUCUUACUCACAAAGACAAAGAUAGAAGAUAUAAAUAUCUUGCUAGAGCUACAAAAAUUAAGAAUAAACAAGGAGAAUUAACUCAUAAUAAUCCAGAAUCAUCUAACUAUUGGUCAACAAAACUUCUUUGGUAG